GUAACUGUUUCAUUGAGUGUCAUUCCUGGGUGGUGAGCUGAAAUUCCUACUCUUUCAUGUUGAAGUAUGUACUAUGUAGUUUGCCAUUGUUUCUUUUCUGACCAAUCAAAACCAGCUGAGCUAAGUUUUGCGGUGGGGGGUUGGGCCUUGAAUUGGGUGCUGCUGUUAGGCGGCAAGGUUUAUGGUCUUAGAGUUAAAUGUUGAUAGCUGGCUUUGUUGGCAAUCCCAUGAGUUGCAUUACAAGCAAUUUUUUGGGUGAAUUUUAGUUUUUGCUUUCUCUAAUUUUGCUUUAUGGGCAUUGAGUUUUUUUCCAAAGUUCUUGUUGUAUACAUAUUAUAUCAGUUUGAAUCAUGUCAUUUUGCUGUUAUGAACUGGAAUCAGUUUGAGAGAAAUGAACUUCUUCUUGAGUAAAAGGUACCUUCAAUGAAGAACUACCGUACACAAUGAAGCUUGAAAAAGGUGCUCAGAUGAGAGAGUUGGAAAAGGAAGCAAUGAGAAUUGCCAGAGAGAGCAAUGAGAAUUGCCAGAGAGAUUGCGGGUGAAGAUACCCAGGGCCUGCAUUUAGCAGAGGAAAGGAAAGAGGUCUUCAUCUUCAUGAUAAUUUUGAUAUUGAUGAAGAGAUCAGAUUCUCUUCGGUGUACAGGGGAAGAGGGGUUGAUGAUAGUGGAUAUAAAGAAGAUGAGGAGAUGGUGUUGGAUUCACACAAUAUUGAAACCUUUGGAGGUUCAUCAGCUUCAGUUAGUAGCAGGCCUACAGAUUUCACCAGUUUGAAAUGAACUGAAAAGGGUUGUGCCAUCAAGCUCUUCCUUAAUGCUUCACAGGAUGAGGCACCCUCUUCACAAUCUGAAAGUGUUGCAGAUAUAAACCUCUGGCUCUAAUGAUCUUGCUAGACAGCUGGCAUCUGAAGUUCCUUUUACAAGUAGCUCUAACAGUGAAAGCAGGUAUCUGUUUUUACCUUUUCCCCAUGAAUGUGCCUAAAUGAUAUGUAUUUUCUUAUUAUGCUUUAAAUAUUUUUCUCCAACAAAUUGAAUGAUACUGCUUGUAGUUCAUAUGUAGCUAAUAUCAGAAUGGUUUCCUUGAAAAUAUUAUAUUACUUCUAUUCUUCUUUCCUACUUGGGAAUACUUGAAGUUGUAGGAUCCAGGACAAUUUGCUUGAUGAUUGUGGAGGAGGUGGUGAUCCUAAAGAUUCUGUAGAAAAGCAAUCAUUAACUAAGGAUCCUAACUUGACAAUCCCUAUGGACUAACAGCUGCAAUAAAGGAGAGCUAUCAGCAAACACAACUACUUCUGCUGUGUUGCAUGCUUCAUCAAAGGAUGGUGAAAAACUGAGUCUGAAUGAAGUCUCAAGAGACCCUGCAUCUAGCAAAGUGCCAGGGGAAGUGUAGUUGGUAAAUUCCUGUGGACAACAAGGUAGUUCUACGUCAUCCAAUUCAGAUCAUAUCGGUGCUGCUGCUGCCUCAGCUUCUAGUUGUUCUGGCUUAUCUCCAAGCUCAUCGGUGGGUUCAUUAUCCUCUGAAAAGUCAACCCUAAAUCCCCAUGCAAAGGAAUUCAAACUCAAUCCUAACACAAAGUGUUUCUCCCCAUCACAAACAACUGUUAGGCCUCCAUCACCAGUAUCAGAUGGUUCCUUCCAUCAUCCGCCCAUUGUGUGCCCUCUUGCAUGGCAUGCAUUUGGGUUUUGGGAUUGGACCAUCAUUUGCUGCACACCACCCUCUUAUAUUUAACCAGGCAGUAGCACCAAUGCAGUCACCACAAGCAUAUUUUCAUCCAAAUGGACGUCAGUAUGGGCAGCAGCAAAUGUUUCUUAGGCAGUCUAGGCAAGUUGUGUACAUGCCAAGCUCCCAACCUGAAAUGCCAUACAAAGGACGGGAUUUUUAGCCAGUUAGUUUGCUGACUUUAUUCAGUUGUGAUCCGUUCUGCUCAUAAAGAAUAAACAUCUGAGAGUCUGCAUGGAUUAAAAUUUUCUCGAAACAAAGCCAGGCAGCCCAUUAAAGAUCUUAUGGUUACUCAACCCCGUAUGUUCUGAGUGAUUGUUUUACACAUCCUCAGAGAUAAUUUCAUUACCUUGUAUGCUUCAUUCAUACCCAUGACACCAUGCCUUGAGAUUUGUAGAAUCUCUUAACUAACUUGUACUAUCUGAUUUGUUGUCUAAUAAUAACAGCGAUUGGAUCAAUUUGGAGCGUGCUCCAUAAAUUGUUUCUGUCCUUGGGUGUCGCCUUCUUUGCAUUUCUUGUAUAGGAUACCAGUAAGCGUGAAAAUUACUUCAGGAGUCUAUUAUCUUCUCAAUUUUUUUGAUAAUAAAGUCGCAUUUUAGAA